UCAACACUUCACACUUGGGCGCUUUCUGUUUCUCUAUCAAACCUCUCACUUGCACUUUACUUUCCCGCUGUGAUACCUACCUAUUCAAGAUGGUCUCCUCAAAGACCACAGAGAAAUUCCGCUUCGUCGAUCUCCCCCAGAGAGAUUCGAGAUAAAAUCUACCGCAUCUCGCUGUGUACCUUCGGCCCUCGACCGACCACAAUAACCCCUCCGUUCGACGCAGCAACCAAUAGCCAAUUCAUGAACGAGAUCGCCCAUGUUGACCAUACCAUCGAUACACCUAUCCUCUGUGUUUCGAAGCAGAUCCACCGAGAAGCAUAUGAUGCCAUGGUCAAAACGAAUCGCUUUGUCCGUGUUACAACUUCAGGUGGAUUCCCCUUGCGUCUCCUUCUUAACCACCUUCGCGUCCCUGUAAUCACCGAGGACCCAGACCUUGUUGAGAAUUUCAAAGGUUUCGUCCUAUCGGUUACUUUGACGUGCCCAAAGGACGCAGAGAGUUGGGCUCGAGACUCGCCAAUUUCGACUGAGCCAUGUAGCUUCAUAAUGCUGGGCCGUGAUAUGGAUGUCUUCUGUGACAUCCUGAUGGAUGGGGACACAUACCUACCGGGAUUUGGCACCAAAGUUAGCUUGAAGCUCGCAGUGGCUCCAGGCAGCAUCCUGAUACCCUCACCGUACAAGAGCCCAAUAUCGGAGUUCUUCUCCGAAACAACCCAAAAAGCUCUACUGCAGCCCUUUCGCAACCGUCUCCGCGGAUUCAAGAAAGCCAAGGUCCGCGGUCUCGUCUCCCGCACUAUUGCUGAAGCUGUCGAGGAGGAGAUAGCUCGAGAUACCGCCUCAGACACAGAAGCAGUGCUGUCCAAAUACGAGAACCUCAAGGACGAAGCUCAAAGCCUGCACAGGUUGAAGCAAACGGAGGAAGCAUGCAUGAUAUGGCUCGACGCCGCGCUUGAGAUUGAACAACUUGCGGAGGGAAGCUCUUGGCCAGCGCUCACUGAGCAAGGCGGUGUACCCUUCGUUGCUCGCCUCGCUGAAAUCUACUUCCUCAUGAAGCUCAACAUUGCACAUGUCAAGAUCACUUCAAUGCAGAGAGGGGAGCCAUUUGCAUAUAUCUUAGUUGACGACGCUCUCAAAAUGGCAGCGAAGGCGAUGCAACCUGGGCACUGGAUGCCAGAUUUCCGCUGGCGACCGUCAGAUGUCCACAAGGCAAAAUUAUUCUACCGACAAGCGAUCAACUUCAGGCUGCAGGGACAGCCGACGACCAUUGAUGUCGCAGUGCGAGCAAUUGACGCAGCUCAUCGGCUUCUUCCUGAAGAUUCUGGCAUUAAGAAGGAGCGGGAUUUGAUAUCCAUUUGGAAGGCUUCGAUGGAGUAGAUGUCGCUUGGACAUGUACCUUGACUGCGGUACAAAUGACGAUCACCGAGAUGAAGGCGAGAACGACAGGAGUAUUAAAGAUGGGAGAGACAAAGCAGGAGGUGCUGUAGUCCUGAAUGCUACGCCGUUAGUCAGACAGAACUGAAAGACUUCGAGAAUUGCGGACUGUUGGGUAUGCGUUGGAGCUCGCAGCGUAAACAUGAAUGCUGCGGUCGACUACAAGUUUGGCGCAUCAACGUCUGUGUAGG